UUAUAAAACACUUCAACCGAUCGAGCCAACUCAUCAUUCGCUCUCCAGUUGUCUUGAUAGUCGCUUGGUGUCCGGACGAUACCGAAUAAAAAAAACCCGAAACUACUCAUACACAGCAAACUGCUCCAGCAUGAAGCAGCAUGGGUUUCUCCUCUGCGUAGCGAUUGCGAUGUCGCUAGCUGCACCUCAGCAGGCAGAGCCGAUCGUGAAAGACGAUAUCGCAGAGAUACGAACGAUCGUGACGGAUCUGCUCGCGAGUGGUGUGCAAAUCAACCUGGAGCAGCAUCAGACCCGAUUCGUUGACGGUGACACAGAAAACCUGAUCAUAGAGAACUUUCUUUUUGCGACCGAGGAUGGACUCGUUUUUACUGUAACCUCGGAGAGAGUUCUAGAUAAAAACUACCAACCAAAGGUGGUGUCCUACUUCGAUGUGACAGAUGACGACGCACAGAAGGUUCUGCUCUCGCUGCUUGGUGGAGGAAACAUUAAGACGCUAACCAUCAACAAGAAGUAAAGUUCCGGAAAGCUUAUGAGGCUAUCACACUAUCUGCAUGGCUAUUGAGGCAAAGCAAACGUUAACAUAAUAAAUUCAAUACCCAAAAAUA